AUGCCCACUCUGCUGCUCCCGCUGCUGCUACGGACACUGCUGGCCCGCCUGCUGCUGCCUGCUGCCCGCCUGGCCCGCCGGCACUUCCUGCCCCUGCUGCGCCGGCUGGCCCACCGCCUGGGCUCUCAGGAUAUGCGAGAGGCUUUGCUGGGCUGUCUGUUGUUUGUCCUCAGCCAGAGACACCCGCCGGAUGCUGGGGAGGCCUCCAGAGUGGCCCGCCUGGAGAGGAGGGACAGGCUAGCCUCCCAAAAAUGA